ACGGGUUUCCUGUGGCACUGGCGGGACACCCUGUGGUGGUAGUUCAAAAUGGCGGCCGGUGUGUUUUUGUUGUUGUAUGUUUUUUAUUCAUAUUUGCAGUUUAUCAACGCUCGAGUACAAAUUCUUAAUUUUGCAAACUUCGAAGACAAAAUAAUGGGCAGUACUCCGCAUUUUGUCAUGUUUUAUGGCCCUUGGUGUGAGCAUUGCAAAAAUAUGAUGCCAGCCUGGGAGGCACUUGGAGAACAGUAUUCCAAAGAAAAGAGAGACCUUACUAUUGCUAAGGUUGAUUGUACGUCAGACGUUAAUCUUUGUGUCAAGCAAAACAUCAGAGCAUACCCUACAAUGAAAUUAUAUUAUGACGGGGAUAUCAAAAGAUAUACAGGAAGAAGGAAUGCAGAAGAUAUGAAAGUAUUUGUGGACAAAAUAGUCCUUAAACCAGAGGGAAAAAGCAAAGAUUCUGAAGGACUUUCCACCUCUGAAGCUGGGGUCCAUAUCCUGACAAAAAACACAUUUGACAAGCACAUUGAGCUUGGGUUGCACUUUGUGAAAUUCUACGCCCCUUGGUGCAUCCAUUGUAUCAAGCUGGCGCCAAUUUGGGAAAGACUUGCUGAAGACUUCAAGGACAAUGCAGAUAUAACCAUCUCCAAGAUUGACUGUACGGCACAUGGUUCAAAGUGUUCUCAGCAUGGUGUCAAUGGCUUCCCAACUCUUAAACUCUUCAAAAAUGGACGGGAGGUUGAUAGGUACUCGGGCCUGCGCAGCUUAGAGGACCUCAAGAACUAUGUAAAGCUCAAGAUUGCAGAGCAUGGGUUACUAAGUACUGUAACAACAGAUAAGAGUGAGACGGCUGAGGAAGUUCCUCCCACAGACAUGGACAUGGACGCAGCGGAUUUGAUAAAGCCGUAUCAACUAAACAACCAAAACUUUGAUACCACAGUCUCAUUAGGAACUACAUUCGUCAAGUUCUAUGCCCCAUGGUGUCGCCAUUGCAAAAUUCUUGCCCCUGUCUGGGACCAGCUUGCCAACAAAUGUGCGGAGCAAGUCGCAGGCCCAAAGAUUGCCAAGGUUGACUGCACAAAAGAAGAAUCUCUUUGUCAAUCCUUUGGGAUAAAUGGCUACCCUACGCUAAUGUUGUUCAAGGAUGGUGCACAGAAGAAGGAAUAUUCCGGUAACCGGGACCUGGACAGUUUAUACCGAUUCAUCAUGCAAAACCACGACAAAGAUGAGCUAUAGGGAGCAACAGGGAGCCCACAGGGAAUACAAUGAAUCUUAGACCCUGCAUUGCGUCUGCCGCGUAGAACGGUGGUCCAAAGGGUGACCACUUGGAGUUUGUAGACGGGAACACUGAAUCCACAGGGCUCCCAUUCCCUGCAUGCUGGUUCUAGAACACUUAAUACACAGGGAGCCAGCAUUAUGUAUGCCAGUAGAAUUCUAGAACAAUAAUCCGCAGGUAUCCCAAGUCGCGUAUUUAGAGUAACACUUUUGCCUCACCAGAUCGUAGAACAGUAAAUGUUGCUUAUGAGAUUGAAAUUUAUACAAAUAAUGAUAAUAUUUUUAAUGAUAAUAUAAUGAUAAUAAUGAUGAUGAUCUGUCCAAUUCAAUAUAAAACCUAUUUGAUCGUUAUGAUGAAUGCUAUUUGAAAUUGUCGUAAAUGUUAUAUAUCAGAUGCAAAAAAAUAAUCAAAUUUAAAAUAGUCGUAAUGUUAUGUAUAUCAGACGCAAUAAAAUAAUAUAAUUAAGCACGGCUGACCAUGGGUUAUACUUUGAAAAUGGUUUUCAAAUCUUGCCUUUUAUGUUCUUUGUAAAAAAAACACGAACAAAAAAAAACAACUUUAAACUUGAUAACUCAAUCAUAUCCUAAGUUGAAAGAUACGUUUGAUUUUUUUUUCCAUUUCUGGUCUUUCAGGAAAACCGUUUUGUAACGCAAACAUGUGUGUGUGCAAUAUGAUACUAACAAAGGUGUGGCUCAGUAGAACCACAGGCGCCCCAAGUUUAGUGGUUUACAUUUUAUAUAUGGACAUAGAAACGUAUUAAAAAUAAAACAAUUAGUAGUGGAUUUUGUUGUAUAAAUAAAGGCUGAAGUCUUGCAAGAAGUCUCUCAAUACCUCGAACCCCGGGUUCGAGGUAUUGGCGGACCCUCCUCUGAACUCCCAAAACGGCUCAAAUGGGGAAGAAGACGACACAGAGACUUUUUGUAACACUUUAGCAUUUAUUAUACACCAAAAUCCACUACUAAUUAUUUUAUUUUAAUACGUUUCAUACGAGAAGACCACUGAACUUGGGGCGCCUGUGCUAGAACUCUUUCAAAGUUUUAGCCAAAUAGGUCGUCUUGUGUACUCCACGUAUCCUAACAUUUGACUUCACGAAGAAGGGUACGAAUCAGAAAACAAAUGCUAUAGAAAUGUUAAAAACUUCAUUAAAAAUAAAACAAACCAAA